CCUUGUUAGAAAAAUCCAGAAUAACGCUACAUACUUUUCAUAUAAAAAGACGAUUGAGAAUCAAACUCGGCACUUGAUUUGCAGCUUCUGUUCUAUUCAAGCAGUCAAAAUGAAAGUCUUGAUCCUUAGCGUUUUCUUGGCUUGUGCCUCUGCCCAGUACUACCCAAUUGGCUACUACCCCGGUUUCACCAACCAAUACCACGCCCAGGAUGUUCUCGGACAGGCCUCGUAUGGUUUCUCUCACCCCGGACAGUCUGCUGCCCAUUACCGUGACGCUGCCGGAAACCAAGUAGGAUCUUACGCUUACAUCAACCCGGAAGGCAAGCACGUCAGCGUUUCAUACACAGCUGAUCACAGAGGUUUCCGCGUUUUGUCCAAUGACUUGCCUGUUGCUCCCGUGGCUCCCGUUGUCGAGCUCAAGUCUCCCCAACCCGUUCAGGAGACCCCUGAAGUAGCUGCUGCUAAAGUUCAGCUCUUCAAGCCAAAGGAAGCAGCAUCCGCAAGCCGUACUAAGCGCCAGGUUCCUGUCUACCCGGCUGCUCUGCCAUACACCGCUCCUUACUAUCCCUUCUACCACACCGCAUUGCCCGCUGUUGCCGCUCCUUUGGUAGCUAAGACCACCGUGAAGGCCGUCACUGCUGAAGCUGAUUUGACUGCCAAGACUCCAGCUGACACCAACAAAUUCGAUCUGAAGGAAAAGAGCUAUGAUGUUGUUACUCCAUUGGCGUACCACACUCCAUAUUUCUACUCUUAUCCUUUCUACCCCGCUGCUGCUGCCGCCCCCGUCGCUACCGAGAGCUCCCGCAAGAAGCGACAGGUUCCCUUUUUGCCUUACAGCACGGGUUUCUACCACCCCGGUGCCCAGUUCGUUGCUCCAGCUCCAUUGGUCGCCAAGACUACAUUGAAAACCGUCACUGCUGAGGCUGAUUUGGCUGCCAAGACUCCAGCCAGUACUAACAAGUUCGACUUGAAGGAGAAGAGCUUCGAUGUUGUCACUCCUUUGGCGUAUCACAAUCCUGUCGCUUACCCAUAUCCUCAUACCUACCCUUUUGUCAACGGAUUCUAUGGAUACAUAAAAGACUUGUUCAGAUUAAAGGGAGUAGUCUAUCGCCCGUGGUCAAAUUUCGCAAGAAAUUCGAGUAUAAAAAGAUGGACACCAAUUGCAUUCGGCACUUGGUCUUCUGUUCUGUCCUCUACGAGCAACAACAUGAACGUCUUGAUCCUUAGCGUCUUCUUGGCUUGUGCCUCUGCCCAGUAUUACCCUCUUGGCUACAGUGGCUACGUCUAUCCCGGUUUCACUAACCAAUAUCACUCCCAGGAUGCUUUUGGCCAGGCCGCUUACGGUUAUGCUUACCCCGGACAGACUGCAUCCAACUACCGCGACGCUUACGGAAACCAAGCCGGCUCUUACGCUUACCUCGGACCACAAGGAAAGGAAGUUCGCGUAAACUACGUUGCCGAUGCUCUCGGCUUCCGCGUUUUGUCCAACAACCUGCCUGUGGCUCCCGAAGAUACUCCCGAAGUCGCUGCUGCUAAGGCUGAACACACUAAGUUGGUAAAAGAGGCCCUGGCCAAGAAGGCCAACGAGCCCGCCAGCCGCACUAAGCGCCAGGUCCCUUUCUACCCGGCUGCUCUGCCCUACACCGCACCUUACUAUCCUUUCUAUCAAACUGCAUUGCCCGCUGUUGCCGCUCCUUUGGUAGCUAAGACCACAUUAAAAACCGUCACCGCUGAAGCUGACCUCACCGCCAAGACCCCAGCUGAUACCAACAAAUUUGAGUUGAAAGAGAAGAGCAUUGAUGUUGUUACCCCAUUGGCGUACCACACUCCAUAUUUCUACUCUUAUCCUUUCUACCCCACUGUUGCUGCUGCUCCCGUUGCCACCGAGAGCUCCCGCAAGAAGCGUCAGGUUGUCGCUGUUCCCGCACCCACUCAGCAGUUCCUUGAUGACCUCAAGUACAAGAGCGUUGAUUUGAACCAGGACGGCCUGCCCGAUAACGCUGUUGUUCCAGUUGCUCCAGUUCUCCCAGCUUUCCCUUUCGUGCCUUAUUCAGCCUAUGCUUACUCUAGCUACUAUCCAACGGCCUACCCUUUCGUCAGCAAAUUCUAUUAGAAAAUGCAAACGGACUGACACAGCGAUUAUUGAACACCCAUCGAGUAAUAACUUGACUGUUGCACAUGUGCAGGGAUGAUGGCGGAAAAUUUGAAUUGGGAAUGAUUACACUUUUGUUUGUUUUUUCUGAAAA